AUGGACGCUGACGAUCUCUUCGACGUGUUCGACGAAGCGCCUGUGACUGCUCCUCCAGUCAUUGAGACAGCUGGGGAGUCGAAAAAAGAGUCUAAGAAAAGAACAGCUGAAGACGUGAAGAAUGAGAGCGAAGUGAAAAAUUCCAGUAGUCAAUACAAUGAUGAGAACAACAAUGAGGCCAGCAGUAAUAAUAAAAAAGCUAACACGAGGUCAAAGCCAGAUAUUAAACCUGUUGUCUUCGAUUCUCUUGAAAUUGAGGCCUCCCGUGAAGUCGCAGCGCUGGACGGGCUUAUGGCUAGUGCUGAGUCUGUUUCAGACAAGAAGCCCGAAGGGUUGAAGUUGAGACAUCAGGUUAGGCACCAGGUUGCCAUUCCGCCUGAUUAUCCGUAUGUGCCCAUCGGUGAGCACAAGAGACAAAAAGAGGCGAGAACUUAUCCAUUUAUUUUAGAUCCUUUCCAGGACACAGCCAUCUCGUGUAUAGACAGAGAUGAGUCUGUACUUGUUUCUGCGCACACCUCAGCUGGUAAGACAGUUGUAGCCGAGUAUGCUAUUGCACAGUCGUUGCGUGACAAGCAGCGUGUCAUUUAUACUUCGCCCAUUAAGGCUUUAAGUAACCAGAAGUAUAGAGAGUUAUUGGCAGAAUUUGGCGACGUAGGCUUGAUGACCGGAGAUGUCACUAUCAACCCCGAUGCUGGGUGUUUGGUGAUGACGACGGAGAUUUUGAGGAGUAUGUUGUACCGUGGUUCGGAAAUCAUGCGAGAAGUAGCUUGGGUCAUCUUUGAUGAAGUCCACUAUAUGAGAGACAAGUCGCGUGGUGUCGUCUGGGAAGAAACUAUUAUCUUGUUACCAGACAAGGUGCAUCAUGUUUUUCUUUCUGCUACCAUUCCCAAUGCCAUGGAAUUCGCAGAAUGGAUUGUUAAGAUCCAUGCGCAGCCUUGUCACGUUGUGUACACAGACUUCAGGCCAACUCCAUUGCAGCACUACUUGUUUCCAGCUGCUGGAGAUGGGAUCCAUUUGGUUGUAGACGAAAAGGGAACUUUCAGGGAAGAAAAUUUCCAGAAAGCCAUGGCUUCUAUCAGCGAUGCUGGUGGCGAUGAUCCUGCCUCGGGUGAUAAAUCUAAAGGUAAGAAGGGUCAAACGUACAAGGGAGGCAAUAAGGACGGUAAGUCGGACAUCUACAAGAUCGUCAAGAUGAUCUACAUGAAAAGGUACAACCCUGUGAUUGUGUUUUCGUUUUCGAAAAGAGACUGUGAGUCUCUUGCAUUGAAGAUGUCCAAGUUAGAUUUCAACAACGACGACGAAAGAGAUGCCUUGACCAAGAUCUUCAAUAACGCCAUCAACUUGUUGCCGGAAGCAGACAAAGAGUUGCCCCAGAUCAAGAACAUCUUACCCUUGUUGAAGCGAGGUAUCGGUAUCCACCACUCGGGAUUGUUGCCUAUAUUGAAGGAGAUUAUCGAGAUCUUGUUUCAGGAGGGUCUUUUGAAGGUGUUGUUUGCUACAGAGACCUUUUCAAUUGGGUUGAAUAUGCCUGCUAAAACAGUAGUAUUUACCUCUGUUCGUAAAUGGGAUGGUGUAGGCUUCAGAUGGGUCUCGGGAGGUGAGUAUAUCCAGAUGUCUGGUAGAGCUGGUCGUCGUGGGUUGGAUGAUCGUGGUAUAGUCAUCAUGAUGAUUGACGAAAAAAUGGAGCCUCAAGUAGCCAAAGGUAUGGUAAAGGGACAGGCUGAUAGACUUGACUCGGCCUUCCAUUUGGGCUACAACAUGAUCUUGAAUUUAAUGAGAGUCGAAGGCAUUUCUCCCGAGUUCAUGUUGGAAAACUCAUUCUACCAGUUCCAGAACGCUGCCUCUGUCCCUGUGAUGGAAAAGACGUUGCAGGACUUGACUUUGAAGUACAACACUAUCGAAGUCGAUGAUGAAGCUACAGUGAAAGAGUACUACGAUCUCAAGAAGCAGUUGGACAAAUACCAGGAAGACGUCAGAAAAGUAAUUACUCAUCCUGGCUACAUCUUGCCUUUCUUGCAAGAAGGAAGAGUUAUCAAAGUCAAAAUAGGUGAUCAGGACUACGGCUGGGGAAUGGUGACUUCUUUCUCCAAACGUAACAAUAAGAGAAACCAGUCGUUCACAGACUACGAAACCUACAUUGUCAAUGUAUUUGUGUACACGAUGUUUGUGGAUUCGCCCGUUAACUUGAUCAAGCCCUUGAAUCCCAUGUUACCUGAAGGGAUUAGACCUGCUAAGGCCGGUGAGAAGUCCAGAGUGGAGUACAUUCCUAUCACUCUCGAUUCAAUUGAAAAGAUCAGUAGUGUGCGGUUGAGAGUACCAGAAGACUUGAAGAGUUCAGCAUCUAAGAAGACGUUGUUGAAGACGAUGAAGGAUUUGCCCAAGAGAUUGCCCGAUGGAAUUCCAUUGAUGGAUCCUGUGGAAAACAUGAAGAUCACUGACCAGGACUUCCAGAUGCUCUUGAAGAAGAUCGAUGUUUUAGACUCCAAGCUCAUCAGCAACCCCUUGUACAACUCAGCAAGAUUGAAGGAUUUGUACGAAAACUACAGCGAAAAGGAACAAAUACAGGAAAAAAUCAAAAACUUGAAGGAGAAGGUUUUGGAAGCACAAGCAGUUAUCCAAUUGGAUGACUUGAGACACAGAAAGAGAGUGUUGAGAAGGUUGGACUUUGUUACACAGAACGAUAUCAUCGAGUUGAAGGGUAGAGUUGCCUGUGAAAUCAGUUCAGGUGAUGAGUUGCUUUUGACGGAAUUGAUUUUCAACGGUACCUUCAACGACUUGACAUGUGAACAGUGUGCUGCAUUGCUUUCGUGUUUUGUUUUCCAAGAAAGAGCCAAGGAGACUCCACGUUUGAAGCCAGAAUUGGCUGAGCCAUUGAAGUCUAUGCAAGACAUGGCCAGCAAGAUAGCUAAGGUGACGAAGGAAAGCAAGAUUGAAAUAAUAGAAAAGGACUACGUCGAGUCGUUCAGGCCAGAGUUGAUGGAAGUUACAUAUGCUUGGUGUAAAGGUGCAUCGUUCACUCAGAUCUGUAAGAUGACCGAUGUGUACGAAGGGUCGUUGAUCAGAACUUUCAAGCGUUUGGAAGAAUUGAUCAGACAGUUGGUGCAAGCAGCCAAGACCAUUGGAAAUACCGACUUGGAGGAGAAGAUGGAGAAGACCAUCGAGUUGGUGCACAGGGACAUUGUCUCUGCUGGAUCUUUGUAUCUUUAG